AUGCCAUUUCUUAGUUCAUCCGGUCGUUCAACUCUACAUUGUGUCGUCUACACUUACUAUGUGGCCUUAUUGCUGAUCAUUGGUGUAAUCGUGAUCUUUGUUUCUUAUGCUGGCUUCCUAGCCCUUCGCGGCAUAGAAGUAGUGACAAUUCAGUUGUUCUACCUGAUUCCUGAAUUCUGGGGAAUCUUGCACGAUCUCAUGGGCUUCAGAGCAACCUUCUUCAUUUUGCAAGGUGGGCUACGUAUCCUUGACGUUACUUGGAGUGUGGUGGCAUUUGUUCAACUCAGCUUUGCUAUUGGUACUGCGCUGCGUCUUUGUGGUGUUGUUCAGGUACGUGUUCCUUGAUCUACCCAACAUCACCCUACUUUUGACGUACUUUUACUUUAUCCUAGUCCUGCUCUUGUCUUAGUCUAGCUCUACCCAUGCCUUAUUAUUUCCGUAUUUUAGCUCUGUUCUUGCUCUAUAUUAAUCCUGUUUUAGCCCCUACCCUUAUUAUACUCAUGCCUUUAUCAUUGAUCUACCACUGCUUCUCAAGCGCUAGCAGUGCCUUACCCUACGUCUACCCUAACUUUUCCUAAUUUACAUUACUUUUAAUUUUCAGGCAUUUUUCUUUACCAUCGCAACCCAUACAUUUUGUGGCCCAAGUUCAUGAACAAACUCAAGCCUAAAGUCUUCUUAAAUUUGCUAUUUUUUUGCAGGCUGCCAAUUCCAAGAUGUCAGUGUCGAAAUGGGCCAAAGGCAUCGCUCCAGCACUGAAGAACCCGACUUUUCCCGAACCUUACUGUUAA